AUGACUGUUGUUCAGCAAAACUAUGGUGAAAAAGUUCUAGUACAGGGUACAACAGCUGUGGAUCUUGUAGGGCUUGUUGCAGCACUAAAUUUACUUGGUGGUACUUUGGUUGACCACAUAUUCUUAUUCCUUGGUGUUGGGCUAGUUGGGACUGGUAUAGUAGAGCUUAUAGCUCUUGAGAUGUCAAAACAGGUGUUGGCUUAGCACCAUAUACACACAUAUGGUUAUGUUAUUAUAGCAUAUUUUCCCUGUGUUUGGCUUUGGCUUGGUCAUCUCUGAUGCGAUUCGGGUCCAUGAUGAAAUGCUUCUUGUAGCGUGUAAGUAUAUAAUGAAGAAUAGUGUUGAAUUUACUAUUGCAUACUAAUAUUGUCUACAAAUUUAGGUGCUCCGAUUCAAGUGAAUGACAAAAAGAGAAUACUUGACAUCUUUGCCCUUGAUGAAUUCGGGACCCUGUUACACUACAACUCGUCCCAAA